CACACACACACACAGAUACAGGCUGAGGUUAAGAAAACAUGGGCAAGCAUGAGUAUUUUCCAGGGAGUCUCCAUUAUUUCUGGCUUGGGGUCUCUAAUGGUAUUUCAUUGUAAUUGCUAUGAUGUCAGAGUGUCCGUCCGCCCUAAUGGCCGUCUAAAAACAACAACAAGGACAGAUUGGUUCCAUUCACUGGUUGUUGUCCGGGCAGAGAGACACCGGAGUCCAGAAGCUUGAAUCUCUGCUGGAUCUUCAGCUGAAAAGCAUGCAUCUUCAACCCCUGUCCCUGUUUUUCCUCCUCCUCCUGGUUGCCGGGGCAGCCAAGGUGUGCGUUGCCGUGACAACCACACUGCAUGGUUUCCGAGGCUGCGCGGUGCGAGAGUUCUCUUUUGUGGCCCAGAAGCCUGGCUGCAAGGGACUGCACAUCACCACAGAGGCCUGCUGGGGGCGUUGUCAAACCUGGGAGAAACCUGUGCCAGAUCCCCCCUUUAUCCAGCGACAUCACCGCGUGUGUACGUACAGCCGUACCCGCCACAUGACCGCCCGCCUGCCGGGCUGCCAGCCCCACGUCUCCCCUCUCUACCACUACCCCAUGGCUUUGCACUGCCACUGUGCCGUGUGCUCCACACAGGACACGGAGUGUGAGACCUUCUAACGGGCAGCAGACAAUGUUACUAACUGACUGACUG